AUGGCGACAUCUUGGUCUUAAAAAGCGGCUACGUUUCUACUCAGUUUGCGUCUCUAUCAGACACAUGUAACCACAGGUAUGGUAGGUGGCUCCCAGAUUCUACUGUGAGCAACAAUUAGCAGCAGCAGGAGACGUCUCCAAUGCCACCACUAAUCAUUGCUUUCCGAGGACCGCUGCCACCGGAGAUGGAUCAGCUCCCUGUUACUACUCCGUGUUGCAGUAGUACCUGCAAGUUGCCACUGUGCCAUCUGAUAAUGAUGUCAGACAUAUAGAAGCUCCAGUACUCGUUUGAGUUCCUAUCUUGGCAGAAGAAGGAUUUUGCAGUAAGGUAGAAGCUGUAGCUGGCGAAGACGACUGCACGAACUUCCUUUUCAUCCCAUUCUCUGUGAUAAGGAAGCUAAUGUCAGUGAUGCGUGAGCUCCUGUUGCGGAAUGUGGUAUGAAGUAUGAUGCUCAACAUGCACAGCAAAAGAACGAGGUUAGGAAAGAGAGGAAGGGGGGGGGGUGGAGUGGAGGGGUCUGUCUUAACCACUGCCUUGUCUGCUAAAUCUCACUAAUCUCUUCCGUGUGACUAAAGCACGGGAGAAGUGAAGAGAAGGAGCAUAGGGACCAUACGCGAGUCAGAGGCUAAACUCUGCAGGCGAAGUAAUAGCAGACGGUGGCGUUGCAGUCGAAGAGCUGUUCUCGUCGUCGGAAAUGGAGUCAGUCGGUGGCAGGGAGCUGCAACCUUGAAGAACUACAAGUGAGGGGAAGAAAGCUCUUGCUAUAAGAGGAGAAGCGGAGGAGGAGGGGAAGUACUCCAAUCAAUUGAUUUAAGCAUGGACGCCUACGAGGCGACGAGGAUAGUGUUCUCCAGGAUCCAGAACCUGGACCCGGAGCACGCCGCCAAGAUCAUGGGGUUGCUCCUGCUGCAGGAGCACGGCGAGAAGGAGAUGAUUCGCUUGGCCUUCGGCCCCGAGUCACUCCUGCGCUCCCUCGUCUUGAAAGCUUGGAAGGAACUCGGCCUCGUCCCGGACCCGAGCUCCUCUGCCCCCUGCACGCCAUUCGGCGGCGGCAGUUCGGCUUCCCCCUUCCUCCGCCGCCAGAACUCCGCCUCCCGCCUUCCCGCAAGGGGGCUCCCGUCGCCGCUCGCUGUCUCCUCCCCGUCCUCAUGGCGCUCCGACAGCAGUAGCGGCUGCAACGGUCUGAAUGGGUCGUCGGACGAAUUCCAGAACUCGGACGAGCUCAUGAGCCCCGGUAAUCUCAGAGCGUCACCCUUCUAUGGCGUCGGUGGCGACGGUGGGGACCUAAUUGAUGAGUUUCAUCGCUCGGACCAGCUUUCCUUCCUCAGCGACGCCGCCGCCGCCUCUGAUUACAGCUACCCCCUUUCUUUCGCCUCGAAGCACGUAGGCGACGUGUUUCAACCGGACCUCGAGUGUCGGAGCCCCAGCAGCAACGGCGAUUGUACGCUCUUCCCUUACGGGGUGGGCUCGGGAGUCGACGGCUACUACCACCGUCGGAGCUGCUCCGCCGCGGACCUCGGCCUCGGUGAUCCCGCUGCCGGGUUCGGAUGGAGGCCGUGCCUCUACUUUGCUAGGGGCUACUGCAAGAAUGGUACUGCGUGCCGGUUCCUCCAUGGGCUCCCAGAGGAAGCUGUGGUCGCGCCAUCCGUGGUCGGCGGCACCAAGAUGGAUGCGGUGUUGGAGCAGCAGUGCCAGGAGCUGCUACUAAGGUCUAAGAGCCAGAGGAUCGAUGGCGUUUCACAGCUCAUGGCCUCUGCGUUUCCAUACUCCCAGACGGGCUCAGUGCCACCAUCUCCGUCGUUGUCCUCCAGCAAUUCCCUGAGCUUCUUGCUUCAGCAGCAGCAGCAAAAUGAGAGCCAAAGGGCUACAGCUGUGGCGGCGGCAGCAGCACUGAUGCUGGGGGGGGAUGAUACCCACAAGUUUGUCUGCAGAUCAAGAUUCGAAAGAAACGAUUUGAUGGCAAAUCCUGGUUCGAGGCAGAUCUACUUGACCUUCCCAGCUGACAGCAUCUUCAGCGAGGAGGAUGUCUCUAACUACUUUAGCAUCUAUGGGCCUGUGCACGACGUGAGGAUCCCUUACCAGCAGAAGAGGAUGUUUGGCUUCGUGACCUUCGUCUACCCGGAGACUGUGAAGAUGAUCUUGGCUAAGGGCAACCCGCACUUCGUAUGUGAUUCCCGAGUUCUUGUCAAACCCUACAAGGAGAAGGGAAAAGUCCCCGACAAGUACAGGAAACAGCAGCAGCAUGCUGAGAGAGGAGGUGAUUUCUCUAUGUGCAUGUCUCCCACAGCCCUGGACGCUACCGAAGCCUAUGACCUUCAACAGCUUGGAGCAAGGAGGUUGUACAACGGCAGCAGUCAGGAACUACUGCUGAGAAGGAAGCUAAUGGAGCAGCAGCAACAAGCAGCAGAACUGCAGCGAGCCAUUGAGCUGCAAGGGAGUCGAUUUAUGAAUCUCCAGCUCAAUCUCAACAAAAGAGGCCUCUCCAACUCCCCCGCUAUCGCAGUCACUCAAUCACUUAGUGAUGUUGAUAGGAGCAGUAAUACUAGCAGUAGUAGCAGCAGUAGCCAUGAAGGAUCACCAACAGAGGAAAAGAGCCUCAGUGCCGUGUUACCAGAAGAGAAGCCCAACAGUUCCGAUGGGUUACUCCAGCAGAAGGCAGAUAAGGAGGAAUCUGCCGGUGAGCCGAACCCCAAAGAAGACAGUGAUUUCCAACCAAGCAUUGAGCAUAACCUGCCUGAUAGCCCAUUUGCUUCCCCAACAAAAUCCUCAUCCAUGCUCGACUCUUUCACUGCCAGUGAAGACGUGGCUACUUCAUACAUUGUGAACAACAGCAGCACCAAGGACUACUUAAUUGCCUCCACAUUGCUGCCCACCACUUUGUCAUUAGACAUGCCUUCCUUCAGCUCAUGCUUCUUCCAGAUGCCAAGCAGGUUCUCUGGUCAAGGAGAAAUUGGAAUGUAGACGUGAAGAAUCCCAGUGGAGUGAUCGAGGCCUCCCCUUAAAGGUAUCUCCUAGUAAAGCAAAAGGAUAGUGGAACAUAAGAAAAGAGAAGCUGCAGAAUGGUUCAAGGUUUAUGGUUCCCCCCUUUUUUUUCUAUUUUUUUCCUUAUAGUUUCUAAGUGUAAGCAUUAUAGGAAGGUCUUCCAGUGUCACCUCACAUUCCCUUAUCUACAGAAAAUUAGAGAAUUAUGACAAGGAAUAGCUGCCAUCUAUGAGCAAUCAAUCAGCCAAUACACCAGCCAUACAUCCCUACCUCUAAUAUUGCUAUUGCCACCAACUAAUACUAUCUAUAGCUACCCAUCACAACCCACCAAGAUAUAUAAUAAUCUACUACACAGAAUACAGACGACAAAGAACAUGACAUAAAGCCAGACUGAUUACUGUGACGGAAUAGGUCAGCAGGAAAAGAAAUAGCAGCAGAGAUGAUGGACUACUUCCAAGUCAGGGUGUAUGGGGAGCAAAAGAGAAGAGUUGGAAGUUGUACAUGCCUGCAAGCGUUCGUGUUCCUCCUUGAUGGUAGUCUCUCUCUUGUACACUAUCAAAUGGCUUUUACUUUACCUUUUACUUUUAUUUGAUGAUCCAGUGUAGGUGACAUCAAUAUAGUAGACAAAGGAUUUAUUAAAAAGAUGUUCUAGUUUUGCUGAAGUGUUUUGCAUGUAUGUAAUGAAAAGACUAGAGCCUAGUAGGAUGUGAGAAAAAGAAUAUGUUGGGCUUUCUCAUUGAA